GGAACAAGGAAAAUGGAGAGGACCCUAAGCACGCGGGAGAAACGGGAAAGGAGAAAGGGAUGUCUGACGGCAGCUCCCCACGAGCGGAUGUUGAAAUGAGGGAGAAGGUGGAUGAGGAAGGGGAUUUGGAGAAGGGGGAUUCCACGGAAAGGCAGGUGGGCAAGGACAAGGAGCAAGGGACAGAACAGAGGACGGCGGAAAUCGAGAAGACUACCCGUCCUUCGUACAGGGACGUACUUAGAAAUCAGGCCCCAAAGGGCAUAAGUAAGAAGAAGAAGCAAGUGGUGAAGGGCAAGACCGGGGGUGGAGGGAAGGGAAAGAAACAGUGGAAGCUUAGGGAAAAGGGAACAGAAGGGUUGGGGAAGGAAAGGCCCACUUCUAGCAGCAAGGGAUCAGAAGGGCGUCUGAGAGUUUGGGCACCAAGUGGCAUCACGAGGGGAAUGUUGGGACAUGACGGCUCCAAUGGCGAAGUCGGAGGCGUCGGUGGUGACGUAGAAAUGGCGAGUGGGGUCGGCGAUCUUGACGACGGGGGCGGUGGUGACGAGUUGUUUGAUGGCAUCGAAGGUAUUUUGGUGGCGUUCGUUCCAAGUGAAGGGUUCGUCCUUGCGGUUGAGCUCAUGGAGAGGGUACGAGAUGUCGGAGAAGUUGCGGAUAAAGGGGAGCUUGUGCCGAAGGGGGAUGAACUUGGCUCAAUGAAUCCUUUCUCAAGGAGUUCAUGGAGUUGCCUCUUCAUUUCCUUGGCUUAUGGAACAGAGAGUUGGUACGGAGGGCGGCAAGGUGGAGAGUGGCCAAGUUCCAAAUCGAUGAUGUGGGAUACGCCACGAUCCGGAGGUAAUCCGACAGGCAAGGAAUCAAGGAAGACGUCCUUGAACUCGUUGAGGAUGGAGGUGAGGGUGGAGUUGGAGGGGGGGGGCUUGGUCGGGUUUGUCAGUUGGGAGCAAGUCCUCGGGACGCUCGCGAUCAAGGACAAGGCCAUAGUAGGUGGAGUCAGGGUUCGUGUGAGCCAUGUGAAGGAAUUGGUGCGGGGUGACGGAGCUUGGGGAGGUGAGAUAGGGGAGAUAGGGAAUGUCGAUGGUUGUGUCACGGAUUUUGGUGAGGGUGGGGUUGGAGGGGGGAGCUUGGUCGGGUUUGUCCGUUGGGAGCAAGUCCUCGGGACGCUCGCGAUCAAGGACAAGGCAAUAGUAGGUGGAGUUAGGGUUCGUGCGAGCCAUGUGAAGGAAUUGGCGCGGGGUGACGGAGCUUGGGGAGGGACGGGGGCAGUGAACUCGUCCGAGGAGGUGGUGGAGGUGGUGGAGGUGGUGUCCUCGGAGGCGAUGUUGUGGAAGAAGCGAGGGCGGGGAGGGGUUGAUCGCAGGACAACUCGUGUCGGUAUGCAACUGGGAUGGUCGAAGAAAGUCCGUGGGAAUACGAGGGUGAUAGCCGAGGUCGCAAUAGUAAGGCGACAUCCCCGUGGCUGGCGAGACGGCGUGGUUGUAGGCUAUCUCCGCGUGGGCAAGAUGAAGAUCCCACUGCUGGUCGUCACGAACAAUCUUUCGGAGAAUAUCUCCGAGAGUCCCGUUCGUGAUCUCGGUCUGACCAUCCGUCUGAGGAUGGUAAGACGAGGAAAAGCGGAGCUGGGUGCCAUACACCUCGUGGAGCCGUCGCCAGAAUCGGCUGAUAAAGCGCGGGUCACGGUCAGAUAUGAUGCUCAGAGGUAAGCCGUGGUCACGCACGACUCGGUCAAACACGAUGUCGGUGACCUCACGUGCACUGAUGGCAUAGCGGCACGGAACAAAGCGUGCAUGCUUCG